GUUGACGAUUCGAGCAUGCAAAAACAUUAUUAAUAUUUCAAUCAGAUUCACAACGCUAAGCAACAAGCAGCAUUAUGGCGGGGGCCGUGUGCAAGUGUGCAAGCAUUCCAAGUUUUUCUUGUGCGCCCUCGUUGGCACCUCUAGAUACGUUGAGUCCUCAAAGCCCUUCCUCUUCUUUCUUAAGCGCGACCAGGCGCAGAGGAUCAAGGGUCACACAGAAAGAGCGCCGCUCACAGGUACUUUGUAAUGCUGAAUGUGAGGAGCAGGCAGGGGUGAGCAGAGAUUGUGUAACCAAUCAGAACCUUUUGCCGCGGCGACAUGCAUUGGCUGCUCUCUCUGCGACCGCCGUCGCAGCAACCUUGCAAAACAGAGCUGAAGCUGUACAGGGCAUGGUCGCUGGGCGGCUACCAGGACUUGGGCCCGAGGAUGCAGACGGAUUCCGCAAGUACACCCGCCCUGAGGGGAAGUCUGGAGGCCAUGGGGUGGGCUGGACAGAGUUUGACCCCUACUCCUUUAGGAUACCUGAAGGCUGGGAAGAGGUCCCCGUGUCAAUUGCUGAUCUAGGGGGAACCGAGAUUGACCUGCGGUUCUCCAAUCCGGCUCAAGGAAACAUCAGCGUUGUUGUAGCCCCAGUUCUCCGCUUUGCGGACUUGGGCGAAAAUCCCACCAUCGACAUGAUUGGCAGUCCUGACAAGGUCAUCAACGCGUUCGGACCUGAGGUGAUUGGGCAAGUGGUGGACGACAAAGUCGUGUACGCGCGGUCGGAGACAAAGGAGGACCGCAGGCUGUACUACCAGUUCGAGCUCAACGGCCCCCAUGUCCUCAUCACUGCUACAGCUGCCAGCAAUCGUCUGUACCUCUUCAACGUCUCUGCAACAACUCGACAAUGGAAAAAGUCCGAGGCUACCCUGAGGAAAAUAGCGGAUUCCUUCCGGGUCGCAAAACGAGCUCCAAGAUAGAGUGCUUGUGUUGCUUCUUGCCAAGGGGAGCGCAAUUUUUGACAAACUUGACACCGGACUGAGCGUAUUAGAGUUGGUUGAAACAUGAAGUGAUUUUGCACCGCCAAUUGGUGCAGGAUGAAUCAACAAAUACCAAUUAUACGUCCUUUGCGUCAAUGUAAUGAGCCUUUCAAAGCCCCGACGCACAAAGAUCCGUUAUUGAGCAUGGCAAAGUACAGAAUACUUGAGCUAUCAGAAACAUAGAAAAGAAUGGCGAG